AUGCUGCAGCAUCUAUUCAGACAUGGAAUCCGCUAUCCUACUUGCGCUGCACAGUAUACUGUUGAAGAGCAUGUUCCGAUGUUACAACGUUAUCUGAAUUUGCGUUUUCCUGGCAAGUACAGAAUAUCUGUGUUUGGAGAACAAGGAAAAUUGCGCCCGUUAUGGAAAGGAACGGAAAGGGCAGAGCAUGAAAUUACUUUAUACUUAAAAGAAGAACAUUAUUAUGGAAUCAGAAAUGUUAAUGCACUUUUUGGAUCGUAUUAUUGUAUUGACUGUGAGGCUCCUUAUACUAAGAAAGUUGAUCAUCGCAAAAAAUGCGUCGCUAAAUGCCCUCGAUGUUGUGGAAUGGGUUUUGGAUUUCCAUGCAAAGUGCUUGAAGACUUUUCAAAAAAAUGUUUAAAAUGUUUAAAUAUAUUUAAAAAUCCCGACUGCUAUAAAAGACAUAUAGAGAAAGGAAUUUGCAAGAUCUUUAAACGGUAUUAUUAA